UCCAGGCUCACUCACUCAUUCACUCCUCACUUUACCUGUCCGAUCUCAAGUACAAAUCUCCUUUACUGCAGAAAUAACUCAUACAGCAUUGCUGUGCACACGCAGUUCGCUCAGUGCGGUAACACACAGGAAUAAGAGCUCGGAUCUAUCAGCCAGAGAGAGAAGCCCAACAGGACAGAGAGACAUGGCAACUACAACCUGUACACGCUUUACUGAUGAAUACCAGCUGUAUGAAGAACUCGGAAAGGGCGCUUUUUCAGUUGUUCGACGUUGUGUCAAGCUGUGCACAGGCCAAGAAUACGCUGCCAAAAUCAUCAACACCAAAAAGCUCUCAGCUAGAGAUCACCAGAAGCUUGAACGUGAAGCUCGGAUUUGUCGUCUUCUUAAGCACCCCAACAUUGUCCGACUUCAUGACAGCAUAUCAGAAGAAGGCUUCCACUACCUCCUGUUUGACUUAGUCACCGGUGGCGAGUUAUUUGAAGACAUUGUAGCCCGAGAGUAUUACAGUGAAGCGGAUGCCAGUCAUUGCAUCCAGCAGAUCUUGGAGGCGGUGCUUCACUGCCACCAAAUGGGUGUGGUGCACCGAGAUCUCAAGCCAGAGAACCUGCUCUUGGCCAGCAAAUGCAAGAACGCAGCAGUGAAGCUUGCUGAUUUUGGUUUGGCCAUUGAGGUGCAAGGAGAACAGCAAGCCUGGUUUGGAUUUGCUGGUACACCUGGUUACCUGUCUCCUGAGGUGCUAAGGAAAGAGGCUUAUGGGAAACCUGUGGACAUUUGGGCUUGUGGUGUUAUCCUGUACAUUCUGCUUGUUGGAUAUCCACCUUUUUGGGAUGAGGACCAGCACAAACUCUACCAGCAGAUCAAAGCCGGGGCUUAUGAUUUUCCUUCUCCAGAGUGGGACACGGUCACACCUGAAGCAAAGAACCUCAUUAACCAGAUGCUCACCAUCAACCCAGCCAAGAGGAUCACUGCACAAGAAGCUCUCAAACACCCAUGGGUCUGCCAACGCUCGACAGUGGCCUCCAUGAUGCACAGGCAAGAGACAGUCGAGUGCCUGAAGAAGUUCAACGCCAGGAGAAAACUCAAGGGUGCCAUUCUCACCACCAUGCUGGUGUCUCGCAACUUCUCCGUGGGCCGGCAAACCACAGCUCCGGCCACGGUCUCGGCGGCGGCUGUCGCUGCAGCCGGUGCUGCUGGCCUGGUGGAACAAGCAGCCAAGAGCCUGCUCAACAAGAAGGCUGAUGUCAAGCCACAGUCAAACAGCACGAAAAACAGCAUAGUCACCAGUCCCAAAGGCAACAUCCCUUCUCCUGCUCUGGAGCCUCAGACCACUGUUAUCCAUAACCCAGUGGAUGGGAUCAAGGAAUCCUCGGACAGCAGCAACACAACAAUCGAGGAUGAAGAUGUUAAAGUGCGCAAACAGGAGAUUAUUAAGAUCACGGAGCAGUUAAUUGAGGCUGUGAACAAUGGAGACUUCGAGGCCUAUGCAAAGAUCUGCGACCCUGGAUUGACUUCUUUCGAACCUGAGGCCUUGGGUAACCUGGUAGAGGGCAUGGACUUCCACCGAUUCUACUUUGAGAACCUGUUGUCUAAAAACAGUAAACCCAUCCACACCACCAUCCUGAACCCACAUGUGCACCUGAUUGGUGAGGAUGCUGCCUGCAUUGCCUACAUCCGCCUCACGCAGUACGUGGACGGUCAAGGCCGGCCACGCAGCAGCCAGUCAGAGGAGACGCGCGUGUGGCACCGCCGUGACUCCAAAUGGCAGAACGUGCACUUUCACUGCUCGGGUGCACCUGCCGCCCCACUCCAGUGAAGGUGGACAGCAGCUGGACAUGUUUUGACCCUUGCAGAGGAGUAGGAGAGGGAGGAUCAGCAGAAACGGCAGGAGAGGUCCAGUCUUGGAGAGCUCUGGAUCUUUCUGCCCUCCGGUCUGGCCACAACUACCCGUACCUGCAUGCAAAAACUACCCCUGUGUCUCCACCUACUGGAUUGCUCUUCUACUACUGCAUCCUGCCAACCUCCAACAGCCCAAACCUAGCAGUACACACAGCACAGUGUAACACCAGUGCACAAAUACUCACCAUGCUACUGCACACUAUUGCUUAUUGUCUUAUGCCAAGAUCUAUGUGAUUAAUACGCAUAUCAGUCCUGGAGAGAAAACCUGCUCCUUAACAGCUCCUUCUCCCCUCCUCACUCGCUCAUCUCUAUUAGUCUUUUGACCUAUAUACCCGGGUAAUCUUUAUUAUAAUAGAUCAUGUGUUAUUAAAGUAAUUUAUUGAUAUUAUGAUUAUUAUAAUAGCUAUAUUACUUUUGUUAUAACUACCUACAUCAUUUAUUUGUAAGUAUUGCUGUUAUAUUGAGUGAAAAUGAUGUACAGUCAAAAUAUUAAUGCACACUGAUUUAAAAACCCAAAAGCAUGGAUUCAUAGUGUCAUUAAGUGGGGUUAAUUUGUUGAUUUAAGUAAGAUAAAGUUAUUGAGAGUAUUGUGUGGAUAUAAAAGUGUGAGGGCUCUUUAAUGUACAAAUAUAAGCAAAUGUUGAGUCUACAGGUCUCAUAUCUGUGCAACUAUUUGAUUAUUUCUGUAGCCUAAAUGUUGAUCUCGUAUUUUCCUUUGACAUACAGUACAAUUCCUGUUGAUGUGCUGACAUACAAGCUUUUUUUAAACCUAUAAACUAUGUAUAGCAACUAUUUACAGUAUAAGUGUAUGGAAUUUGGAGACCUUUCUGGCAAACAUUAUAGCAAGCAACCCAUGAAAAAGCAUUUUAUGUACAUGGGGCAAAUCAAUAGAUGUUUAGAGAGCGCUAAGGCCUGAAGCUUUAGCUAGUACCUUCAGCUAGGUGUCUAAGUUUCAAAAACAGACAACAGCUGAUUUAAAAGAAUAUUUCAAUGCAAAUUACCAGUCAACCCAAAUCAUACACCGAUCAGCCCUAACAUUAAAACCAUCUCCUGAUUUCUACACACACUGUCCAUUUUAUCAGCUCCACUUACCAUAUAGGAACACUUUGUAGUUCUACAAUUAAUGACUGUAGUCCAUCUGUUUCUCUACAAAUUUUUUAGCAUGCUUUUACCCUGUUCUUAAAUAGUCAGGACCCCCACAGGACCACUACAGAGUAGGUAUUAUUUAGGUGCUGGAUCAUUCUCAGCACUGCAGUGACUCUGACAUGGUGGUCUUGUGUUAGUGUGUGUUGUGCGGGUAUGAGUGAAUCAGACACAGCAGCCCUGCUGGAGUUUUUAAAUACAGUGUCCACUCACUGUCCACUCUAUUAGACACUCUUAGCCUGCUUUCAUCCUGUUAUACAAUGGUCAGGACCACCACAGAGCAGGUAUUAUUUAGGUGGUGGAUCAUUCUCAGCACUGCAGUGACUGACAUGGUGGUCUUGUGUUAGUGUGUGUUGUGCGGGUAUGAGUGAAUCUGACACAGCAGCCCUGCUGGAGUUUUUAAAUACAGUGUCCACUCACUGUCCACUCUAUUAGACACUCUUAGCCUGCUUUCAUCCUGUUAUACAAUGGUCAGGACCACCACAGAGCAGGUAUUAUUUAGGUGGUGGAUCAUUCUCAGCACUGCCGUGAUACUGACAUGGUGGUGGUGUGUUAGUGUGUGAUGUGCUGGAGUUUUUAAAUACUGUGUCCACUCACUGUCCACUCUAUUAGGCACUCCUACCUAUUUGGUCCACCUUGUAGAUCAGUAAGUCAGAGACGACCGCUCAUCUAUUGCUGCUGUUUGAGUUGGUUAUCUUCUAGACCUUCAUCAGUGGUCACAGGACGCUGUUGGCUGGAUAUUUUUGGUUGGUGGACACAGGAAAACUCCAGUAGCGCUGCUGUGUCUUAUCCACUCAUAACAGCACAACACACACUAACACACACUAUAUGGUAAGUGGAGCUGAUAAAAUGGACAGUGAGUGUAGAGACAAAGAGGUGGUUUUAAUGUUAUGGCUGAUCAGUGUAUAUAACAGGGUACAAUGCAAAUAUAGCAGAAAUUGAUGUACAAACGUGCCAGAAUGGCAUUUCUUAUUGAUCGAUGAAGAACUUCAAACACAAUUUAAGGAAAUUCACUGGAAGGUGUUCCCACUUUUGUUUCAUUAGUGAUUUAACUUCAUUACAUAUUUCUGAAAUGUGAUUAUGUGAUUAUAUUUUUGAAUGUCCCUGAUCCACAGAGAAACGUUUUGUAAAUGGUGAACCCUUUGAGAUAUUUUCCUUGUCAUACAGCGGUCAAAGCAGGAUGUCGGCAUAUUUUAUUGUUGUGUUGUACUUUCCUCUUUGUAUUUACUAUUGAAAUACUUCAAAUCUAUAAGAGUUACCUCGUAAAACCAUUAUGUAGUGCUUUCAUAACAUAGGUACCAGUUUUGCAUGAAUUUUGGUGAUCAUCAUUUGAUUGUUGAUUUAUUUUGCUCUAAAGGCUAGUGAAUAAUGCUUUGCUAUUUUCAGCACUCUGUAAGUGCUUCUAGCUAUUUUUGUCUCAAGUAAUUAAUUGUUAUAAAAAAUCUGAGUAAACUGUGUCCUGAUAUAAUUGAUAUGACAUGAUUUUAUACAGGCUUUUGGUGUUGUCUGAGCAGUGUUGGUGUUACGCAUUCAAGCAUAGUUUCUUCAGUCACUGCAGCCCAAAAUCUGGCAACCUUCAAUUUGUAACAAGGUGCUGGACUAAACGCUGGUUUACUUAAAGAGUAACUGUCAUGUUUACUCACUCUCACUUUCUUAACCACUUAUCCAAUUCGGGUCGCAGGGGGGUGCUUGAGCCUAUCCCAGCUUUUCAAUGGGCGCAAGGCACACAGUAACACCCUGGACGGGGCGCCAGUCCAUCGCAGGGCACACACACAUACACACACACUCACCUAUAGGGCAAUUCAGUGUCUCCAAUUAACCUGUCUGCAUGUUUUUAAACUGGGAGGAAACCGGAGCUCCCGGAGGAGACCCACGCAGACACGGGGAGAACAUGCAAACUCCACACAGAAAGGACUGGGACUGGGGAACGAACCCAGGACCUUCAUGCUGUGAGUUGACAGUGCUACUUUGCCGCCCCUGUCAUGUUUACUCACUCACUCACUCACUCACUUUCUUAACCACUUAUCCAAUUAGGAUUGCGGAUGGGUGUGCUGGAGCCUAUCACAGCUUUUCAGUGGGCACAAGGCACACAGUAACACCCUGGACCCUAUAGGGCAAUUCAUUGUCUCCAAUUAACCUGACUGCAUGUUUUUGGCAGUCAGGUUUUGACUGUGGGAGGAAACCGGAGCUUCCGGAGGAAACCCACUCAGACACGGGGAGAACACGCAAACUCUGCACAGAAAGGACCCCCCAAGGGAUUGAACCCAGGACCUUCUUGCUGUGAGGUGACAGUGCUACGCACCUAGCCACCAUGCCGCCCUGUCAUGUUUAGCUACAUUGAGGAAAAUAAGCUAAACGUCUAGGUUUAUUUUGAUGUUCUUGUCUAUGGUGAUCGACUUAGUGAUUAGGACUGAUUUUGUCCUAAUUCAACGCCGAGUUCAGAAUUGACCUUUAGGUGGCAGUAUAAAUUUAAAUUUGAAUGUUUACCAGAACCCUCGCUUGCUUAUUAGUUAAUACAGCGAUUAGGCAUAACAUUAAAACCACCUCCUUGUUUCUACACACACUGUCCAUUUAUCAGCUCCACUUACCAUAUAGGACCACUUUGUAGUUCUACAAUUACUGAAUGUAGUCCAUCUGUUUCUCUACAUACUUUUUUAGCCUGCUUUGACCCUGUUCUUAUUCAGGUGGUAGAUCAUUCUCAGCACUGCAGUGACACUGACAUGGUGGUGGUGUGUUAGUGUGUGUUGUGCUGGCAUGAGUGGAUCAGGCACAGCAGCGCUGCUGGAGUUUUUAAAUACCAUGUCCACUCACGGUCCACUCUAUUAGACACUCCUACCUAGCUGGUCCACCUUGUAGAUGUGAAGUGAGAGACGAUCGCUCAUCUAUUGCUGCUGUUUGAGUUGGUCAUCUUCUAGACAGUGGUCAGUGGUCACAGGACGCUGCCCACGGGGUGCUGUUGGCUGGAUGUUUUUGGUUGGUGGACUAUUCUCACCUUCCCCUUAAAAGCCAGCCCUAAUAAUGCAAAAUACAAGCACAUGAAACCUGAUUAAUAGAAAAAACACACAAAGGUUGAACGUUUUUGGUGACGUAGGGAUUAAAUCUACAGACUACCAGCUACACAAAAGCAGGGGAAACACAUAAUAUAGCCCAAGUCAUUUUUGAUGGUGUUCAAUUUCUGCAAAGAUCAGCUUUGCUUAUUCUCAUCAGCAGUCUUUACAGCAGGUUUAGUUACAGUAUGCCUAGAAGUCCACUAGUACACUAUGAAAAUUCUCAAGAAGCAAUAAGUACUUGGGGUAUCAUGUUGUAUGCAUAAUAUGUUAUACUGAAUUGAAAAUGAGUAUGCACAGUAAGCCAUUUCAAACCAAGCCAUCAACUCAGUUUAUUAAUUUAGAAGACAAUUAGCACAAAUGUAGUAAUGGAGGGUGUGUAUACUGUCUAGUGACAACUUGCUGCUCUUACAACACCAGCCAAAAGCUAUUUGUAGUGUUUUCUCUUUCAUUUUCCUUUUUUUUUAUUAUAAUAAUAAAUAUUUUUUUUCUUUAAUUUAUUAUCCAUGUCUCAUUUUGUAGGUUGUAGGUUGUUGUAUAUAAUCUCUUUAAAGUAAAAUGAGAUGUGAAUUAUAUAUGAUUAUUUUUUAAAACGUUAGUUCACUAUGAGUCCCAUGAUUCUACCGAUACCUAUAAUUACUCUUUAUCUGUUCUUCCAGUGAUCGAUCUCUCCCCUAUAACUUAAGCAAAUGUGGUAAGAUGUUAUCAAUAUGUUACUAAUAAAAAGAAUAAUGGUAUUAUCAA